GACAGUUGUGCCGAUAGGUUUCCACAUUUCCCGAUGAAAUACAAUUCCAUUUCAGAAACAGACACGUGGCUAACGGAAUUUGUUCAAAUUUGUAUUAAAUAGAUGUGUUUUGAACUUAUCUAGUGUUUUAAAAUGGCAUACCAUUUCGAUAGUGGACAGUUUAACAAGGAAUCGAUGCCGAAGAGAUUGGGAAAUUGGCAGGUCCCACGUUGGGCGCCAAGCCGCGCAAGGCCGGCCGAAAUGCGUCCCAAUCCGAAACCAAUAUGUGAUAUAAACGGCCGUUUCUUGCCGGGAGCUCCAAGGGGCACAUCCAGAUGCUUCGGCCACUACACCGGCACUUGGGACCUGCCGAGGAGGAUCACGAGGAAAGUUGCGGAAGAAUUAGCCAAGGAACCACCAGCGGGAAGGUUCCCAGAUUGGGUGAAUUUUCGUGUCCAGAGGCCCAAGGCGGCGGCAGCGGCGCGCAUGCGUACUGGGAAACGUGGGAAAGUAAAAGAGGAAAGCCAACCGAAAGAGGAUCAGAUGUUUAUUCCACGCCAAUGCCCAUUCCACAAACACAAGCGCAAAAAAUAGAAACACCGAAGACAAGGAGGCUAGAACUGCACGCAAAGUAGAAAUUUUCGUUUAAAUAUUAUUUUUAUAACGAUACUAUGAAAUUAAAAUUAUUUUUGCAAAAUCUUUCCAUGUCUGUGCCAAUAGGGAUC